AUGCACGACGUGCCAAUGGAAACUGUUUUGGCCGUGAACCCAGCUACGAUGAUUGUCAAAGAGUGCAUCAAUCUUUGUUCUGCCAUGAACAAGCAGUCCAGAGAUAAAUCACAAACAAGUGUGGCCGCGUUGCUGGGCGGAGGUAGUGAUAUAUUCUUGAGUCAAAGUGAUUCGUUUGUUGACAGCUUCCACAAUUUGCCUACUUCUAGCUAUCAUGAUCCUCUGAUAUCUGGUUUAGUACAGCUGCGGCUAAAAAUUAACGACUUGAAGGGUUUAGAUUCAUUAAACGCCUUGGAACUUUUGAAACCAUUUUUAGAAAUAGUCAGCGCUAGUUCAGUAUCGGGUUAUACUACUUCUCUGGCUCUGGACUCGUUGCAGAAAGUUUUUACACUAAAAAUCAUAAACAAAACAUUUAAUGAUAUUCAAAUUGCCGUUAGGGAAACCGUUGUUGCGCUUACACAUUGUAGAUUUGAAGCUUCAAAGCAAAUUUCGGACGACUCUGUUUUAUUAAAAGUUGUAACAUUACUACGCGAUAUUAUAACCUCUUCCUUUGGAGACUAUCUCUCCGAUACUAUAAUCUACGAUGUUUUACAAACGACACUUUCCUUGGCAUGUAAUACGCAGAGAAGCGAGGUUUUGAGGAAAACGGCUGAAGUUACAAUUGCAGGGAUAACCGUUAAACUAUUUACAAAGUUGAAGUUACUAGAUCCACCUACAAAAACAGAAAAAUAUAUCAAUGAUGAAAGUUACACCGACAAUAAUUUGAAGGAUGACAUUAUAGGUACGACUACCUCUGAUAACGAUUUGAGUAGCACUGAUGAUGACAGUGCUGUUGCAGACGAUAAUAAAAAUGAGAAGCCAGUCCAACAGGUCAUAAGGGAACAGGAAAAUGAUGAGGAAACGGCUGAGAAAGCCGAAAAUGUCGAGCCAAAUUACGGAAUAACAGUUAUAAAGGAUUAUCUUGGAUUAUUGUUAUCACUGGUUAUGCCAGAGAAUAGAAUGAAGCACACAACUUCGGCCAUGAAAUUAUCUCUACAGUUAAUCAAUGCAGCCAUUGAAAUAUCCGGUGACAAAUUUCCUCUAUAUCCCCGGUUAUUCAGCUUAAUUUCUGAUCCAAUAUUUAAAAGUGUUUUAUUCAUUAUACAAAGUUCUACCCAGUAUUCUCUUUUGCAAGCAACUUUACAAUUAUUCACGAGUUUGGUUGUGAUAUUGGGUGAUUAUUUGCCUAUGCAGAUUGAACUGACUUUAAGGAGAAUAUUCGAAAUUCUAGAGGAUACCACAAUCAGUGGUGACGUUAGUAAGCAAAAACCACCUGCAAUCAGGGAAUUAAUUAUUGAACAACUUUCAAUACUGUGGAUUCACUCUCCCGCUUUCUUUUUGCAACUUUUUGUAAAUUUCGAUUGUAAUUUGGAUAGGUCGGAUCUUUCGAUUGACUUUAUAAAAGAGCUAACUAAAUUUUCUUUACCAGCGGCGGCCGUUAAUACCUCUAACAACAUUCCUCCAAUUUGCCUAGAAGGUGUACUUUCGCUUAUUGAAAAUAUAUACAAUGAUCUGCAGAGAUUUGAUAGGGCAGAAUUCGUAAAAAAUCAGAAAGAAAUUGAUAUUUUGAAACAGAGAGACAGAAAGACUGAAUUCAUAUUAUGCGUUGAAACAUUUAAUGAAAAGGCAAAGAAAGGCAUUCAAAUGUUAAUUGAAAAAGGAUUCAUUGAUUCGGAUUCUAAUAGAGACAUUGCUUCAUUUUUGUUUCUCAAUAACGGACGUUUAAAUAAGAAAACCAUCGGUCUAUUACUUUGUGAUCCGAAAAAAACUUCAUUGUUAAAAGAAUUUAUAGAUCUAUUCGAUUUUAAAGGGUUAAGGGUUGAUGAAGCGAUCAGAAUUUUGCUGACGAAAUUCAGAUUACCAGGGGAAUCUCAACAGAUUGAAAGAAUCGUUGAAGCAUUUUCAUCAAAAUAUUCUGCUGAUCAAAGCAAUGAUAAAGUGGAGUUAGAGGAUAAAAAAGCAGGAAAAAAUGGCUCAGAGUCAAUGACAGAAGAUGACAUCAUUCAUGUACAGCCUGAUGCAGACUCUGUGUUUGUGUUAAGUUAUUCGAUAAUCAUGUUAAAUACCGAUUCACAUAACCCGCAGGUUAAAGACCAUAUGACUUUUGAUGACUACUCUAACAAUUUACGAGGAUGCUACAAUGGAAAAGAUUUUCCUCGUUGGUAUUUGCAUAAAAUUUACACGUCCAUCAAAGUUAAGGAAAUAGUAAUGCCUGAAGAACAUCAUGGAAAUGAAAGGUGGUUUGAAGAUGCCUGGAAUAACUUAAUAUCCUCAACAUCUGUGAUGACAGAGAUGCAAAGAGAUUUCACAAACCCUAUUUCUAAGUUAGCGCAAAUAGACAUACUUCAGUAUGAGAAAGCAAUUUUCUCAAAUGUUAGAGAUAUUAUCCUGAAGACUUUAUUCAAAAUAUUCACAGUUGCUUCCAGUGAUCAAAUAUCAUUACGUAUCUUGGACGCCAUUAGUAAGUGUACAUUUAUCAACUAUUACUUUUCUUUUGACCAGUCAUAUAAUGAUACUGUACUUCAUCUGGGAGAAAUGACAACAUUGGCACAAAGUAGCGCAAAAGCGGUGGAGCUAGAUGUUGACAGUAUUCCUUUGGUCGAGAUAUUCGUCGAAGACACUGGGUCGAAGAUAUCCGUUAGUAACCAGAGUAUAAGACUUGGACAAAACUUUAAGGCUCAGUUAUGUACCGUAUUGUACUUUCAAAUCAUUAAAGAAAUAAGUGAUCCUAGCAUUGUUUCUACCAGACUAUGGAACCAGAUUGUGCAACUCAUUUUGAAAUUAUUCGAGAAUUUAUUGAUGGAACCUAAUUUACCAUUUUUUACAAACUUUCAUUCACUCUUGAAACUUCCUGAACUACCAUUGCCAGAUCCAGAUAUAUCGAUCCGCAAGGCAAAGAUGAGCAGAAGCCUUCUGUCUACUUUCGCCUCUUACUUGAAAGGCGAUGAAGAACCUUCGGAAGAAGACAUCGAUUUUUCCAUUAAAGCAUUUGAGUGCGUUAAGGCUAGCCAUCCUCUCAGUUCAGUCUUUGAGAACAAUCAACUCGUCAGUCCUAAGAUGAUUGAAACUCUUCUCUCUUCACUUGUGAUUGAAAAAACGAGUGAAAAUUCGCCCUAUUUCGAACAAGAACUUCUCUUUUUGUUGGAAAUAUCCAUUAUAUUAAUAUCAGAGGCUUCUUAUGGACAAGAAUUUGGAGCACUAAUUGCUGAUCAUAUGAUUAAUAUUUCGAAUUUAGAUGGCCUUUCCAAGGAGGCUAUUGCAAGACUUGCCUCGUAUAAAAUGUUUUUGGUUUCGAGAUUUGAUAAUCCACGGGACAUUUUAAGUGAUUUAAUAGAACACGACUUUUUGGUAAAAAAUGAAAUCUUCAAUACUAAAUAUUAUGAAAGUGAAUGGGGGAAGCAAGUAAUAAAUGAUCUGUUUACACAUCUCAAUGACGUAAAAUACAAUGAGCGGGCUCUCAAAAAUGUAAAAUUUUGGAAUUUUUUAAGGAUAUUAAUAUCAGCCAAAGACCGCCAAUUUGCCGUCUACACAUUUUUGGAAAAAUACAUUCAAAAUGGUGAUAUCUUUGUAGAUGAUGGGAACUUUAUGAACAUAUUAAGUCUGCUUGAUGAAAUGUCAUGUGCAGGUGCCGUUGGCACAAAAUGGGAACAAAAUUAUGAAAAUUCAGUCGAGGAUGGGUGUGAAGCACCUGAAUCCAAUCCAUACCGUUCUAUUAUUGAUCUUUCUAGUCGUUCCAUUAAUAUAACUGCAGACCUACUUUCGACUGUUGGGAGGAGUAAUUCAGCACUCAACAAGAAUGAGAUUAUAGCUGCUAUUCAAGGUCUCGCCCAUCAAUGCCUCAAUCCCUGUGACGAACUAGGUAUGCAAGCAUUGCAAGCAUUAGAGAACAUUCUGUUAUCUCGAGCAAGUCAACUACGUACGGAAAAAGUUGCGGUGGAUAACCUACUAGAGACAGGAUUAUUACCGAUUUUUGAGUUGGAUGAAAUCCAAGAUGUCAAGAUGAAACGAAUUACUAGCAUUUUAUCCGUUCUUUCUAAAAUCUUCUUGGGUCAACUUGUGGAAGGCGUAACAAGUAACGAAACUUUUUUGAGAGUGCUUAACGUAUUUAACAAGUAUGUAGAUGAUCCUACGGUGGAAAGGCAGUUGCAAGAGUUGAUUAUUUCUAAGAGGGAAAUCGAGAAGGAGUAG